GUUGUCGUGGAGCUAUUGUGGUGGCGGAGGCCCGCUCAGCAGAAGAACCACUACUGACCCGCCGCUGUGUCAUCAUGAAGGUGCAGGACUUCACCACAGAGAAAUACAUGGAGGCCCAGAGACAGAAGGCUGCUGCUGUUCUGAUUUUACUGCCCCAAAACAUUUCCAGCAUCCCUCAUGAAAAAAUACAGUCCUUCAUGGUGGGUGAGAGUGAAGCCUUACAGAAGGAAAGCCUGAUUCCUGUGUARGUAGCACCAGAGGAUGAGCAGUUACUUUACAUGUACGAAGAAGUGAAACAAGCUGCAGCCACUCGGACCUUAUCCAUAUUUGUCAGAGUACUCCGAAGUAUGGUUACAGCUACGGCCUUUCAGAUGUUGGUGAGCAKCAACGCUCCGGUUAAGGCCAUCUCUGACACUACUAUGGUCACACUGGAGGGAGUUCUGCCUGGAGCCGGAGAGGAUGUACCCACCAUCGUCAUCACAGCUCACUAUGACUCAUACGGUCUGGCUCCGUGGCUAUCAUACGGUGCAGACUCUAACGGCAGCGGGGUCACCAUCCUGCUGGAGCUGGCGCGUCUCUUCCAGAAACUUUAUAGCAGCUCCAGCACCAGACCACGAUACAAUUUAUUGUUUUCCCUAACUGGAGGAGGGAAAUUUAACUUCCUCGGCACAAAGAGGUGGAUUGAGGAGAAUCUUGAUCACGCAGAGUCCAGCCUGCUUCAUGACAACGUGGCAUUUGUUCUGUGUUUGGACACACUGGCCAACGGCGACGAGCUGUACGCGCACGUGUCCCGCCCACCUAAGCCUGACACCCCCCUGCUCUCCUUCAUUCAACAGCUGGAGGAGGUAGUUUCCUCCAGAUUUCCCUGGGUGAAGGUGGGAUUGGUUCACAAGAAGAUCAAUCUCYUAGAAUCCACUGUAGCUUGGGAACAUGAACGCUACAGUCUUCGAAGGAUCCUGGGAUUUACGCUGUCUCAUCUGGAAGAUCCCAAAUCAGGGCUCCGUGGCUCUGUGCUGGACACAGUAUCCCAAGUGGAUUUUAGAAAACUUAAACGAAAUGGAAUCAUCAUAGCAGAAGCCCUGGCACGAUACAUGUACAACCUUUCUGACAAAGGUUCUCCAAAGGAUGUGCAGGUUUUUAGGGGUCAUUUGGAUUUUCAUGACAGCCGUAUGUCCAGCAUAAUGUCCUUUUUGACCUCCGUCCCUCGGGCUGCCCAGCUGCUGGACAAAGAACCGAAUCAGAUCCUUCUGGUCAACUCACUGGAGCAGGAGUUUAGACGUUACCUGCAGCAGGUCCACAGACACUCCUUCCGACAGGACAAAAGGGAGCCAGAUGUCACCUUUUAUGAUCAAAUGAACCAACCGAUAGUGAUGUACAGGGUGAAGCCAGCAGCGUUUGAUCUCUUCCUGGGUGGRUGCAUCGCUGCGUAUUUGGGGAUUGUUUAUUAUGCAAUUCAGAAUUUUGGGUGUCUGUACGCACAACUGAAAGCAGCAGUGAAGUCCAAGCAGAAGUAAACGCUUUAAGCGUACAAAUACUGAAGCUAUGGCAGCUUUGAGGUCUGCUGGGCACAUUUUGGCCCUUUCCUUCACCGACUGUACUGCCAACACACAUAAAUCUCCUUGUGUGCAAACCAUUUGAAUUGUGCAUUUUAAGGUUUUUAGUCAUGCUUUUUUUUUCUUUCUCAGAAAAACUUCUCUGUAAUGUAAAAUAAACUUAAAAACAAAAAAGA